AUGACUAAAGAGCAGACUUAUUGUGAUGUUAUCCUGCAGGUGCUUAAUGAAUUCACAUGUAAACAAGAAAACAUAAGCAAGACUGAGUUAAUUAAAGAGGUAAUAUCAAAAACGCUAUUGCGCAUGGCUGCUGGUUUGAAGCGAGAUGCUUUUGUUAUUCUUCGAAUCAAUGGCGAAGAGCUGCUUGAGUUCUUGAAUAGCCCAACUUUCGAACGGGAUAUACUAUCCAUUUUCUCCGAGAUUGGAUUACCCCAUGGAUCUCUUCAAGAUAACGUCAUAGAGGCUUUUGUUAAACUUACCGUUGAUCAGGGGAUGCCUCCGGCUACAGAUCCUUGGGUUGUAAGUAACAUUGUGGAACCAGCACUAAAAUCACUUGGUGAUGUCUCUCGACAACCAGUUUCACAAGCAACACUUUUGGUCGAGUUUAAAAGAGCUAUAGAGAGUGUGGCACAACAUCUAAAAGAGAAACCCGCGAUCGUGGCUCAUAGUCAGAAUACUUUUGAUGGAAGUGGCAUUAAGAAAUUGUUGUCAAACAAAUUUGAGUUGCAUAAGAGACUGAAUUCUGCUAUAGAAAGUGUACCCAAAGAUCAAAAUGGGGAGAUAUCUAAGGAAUGUUUCCAUGGAGCCCUUGAAAUUCUUGCCUCUGCAGCUGGCUUACCUUCAUUUGGAGCUCAGGAUCAGAUGGAUAACAUUAGGGCUGAAGCUCUUAAAACGUUUGAGGUGAAUGAUAGGAAACUGGUUAACGAAGAAGAGUUCAAGAAAUCAUUGAUUCAAGUACUCGAGACUAUCAUGCAACUUUUAGAAGCCAAUCCAAUAUCAGUGUCUACAAACUCAAUCGUGCACGAGCCACGAGCUACAUCCUCUAUCCCAUCUUCGCCAUAG